CAAGCACGCACGGCUGGAGUACGUUUGCAACAAGCAGCUUGAAUCCCGACGGCCCUUUUGUGGAGCUAGGCCUACGCGAUCAACACAGCAGAAAAAAGAACUGAUAAUAAACAUCGCAUCCGCAGCAAAAGAAUUGAUAUCCGAUAUCCAGCUGGCAUCCAACACCGUACAGACUCCAGACCCGUUGCACACCACAUACCCCGUCUUCGAAGCUCGUCCUCACCGGGGUGCAACAGCAACCACACAGUGGGGAUCAUCAAGUAGGAAACGCAUUGGCUACUACGCAUCAUGUCCUACCUCAUCGGCCGCACACGGUCACAAGCAUCGCACCACCAGACGCAGAUGCACCCAGCAGCGCACGCGGGUGCGGCAUCCAGCAACCAUGCCGGUGAAGUCGGAGCACAGAACGGACAAGUCAACAUGCAGCUGCAGCAAGGAUCAAGCGCCAUGGCGCAACCACCCGCGUACGGAGGCGUCGCGUCGAAUCCUCAACAGGGACUGCUCGCACCGGAAGUCGCGUUGCCCGAGCAAAAGAAGAAAGGCCGGCCCAAGGGCUCCAAAGACAAGAACCCGCUGCUUCCCACCGGAGAGAAAAAAGCACGCGGUAGGCCUAAAGGCCGCAGGGACGGACCUCGUGCAUCGGACGCACCGCCUCGCGGACGGCCUCGCAGGGAUGUCCCGCGCGACCUGAGCUCAUCCCCCAAGAAGACGACGGUCACAGGAAAGAAGCGGGGACGCCCGCGCAAGGACCGCUCUGAUAGAGCCGGCGACGGCGCAGAUGGCGCUGAGGAGCAAACUGUCGAUGGCCAGCUAGCAAUGGGCGGCGAGUUUGCGCAACACUCGAAUUUCAACAACAUGACCCCGUAUCUGCCUCCUGGCAUGUCGUGGCCCGAGCCGAGCUUUUACAACAACAGCAGCAACAGCAACGGCGGCAGCUGGAACUCCAGCGGUGGCCAGGCCAGCGCGCAACAGCAACAGCAGCAGUACCAGCAGGCGCAAGACAUGCUCACGCUCAGCAAUGCCGGUCGCAACGCCCAGAUGAAUGAUGGCCAAGGCCAGCUGUUCAGCAACAUUGCAGCAGGCGCGAGCACGAGCGGCAGCCGCAGCAUGCGCCAAGCCGCCGGGCCGCGGCGAGCUCAGCUGAACGCAUCCGGUAUCUCUGCACUCGAGGCGCGCCUGCAUUUUCCACUAGACGAAUUCUUCGGGCUGUCGGAGCAGGCGCUCUUGGACAUUCGUGCGCGCGUGUACAAGGACAAGCAGCAACAGGCUGCAGCUGCUGCGGCAGCCAACGGUGGCGGCAGCGGUCAGCAGCAUCAACAGCAACAUGAGAUAAUGCCGCCCCCUCCAGGCCACGCUGGGCCCGGCCCGAUGCCGCCCUUGUCGCUCGUCUCGAAUCAGCAGCAAUCAGGCCCAGGUCGCUAGCUAGCCAUAUGCCAGCUCAAUCCCGCUUUUCGGGUACCUUGCCCCCAGUCUAUGUAACAGUAUAUUGCGCCUAAGCGCCUGCUCGUGGACACGUUAACUGGUGAACAGAUGCGUUGGCCGCGGCGGCCGGCAGCCUUCCAUUUUCCACUUCCUUGCUCCCACUACAAGUCCUCCCCUGCGCUCGUGCC